AUGGAGCUCCUCUCACACACCAUCGUUGGCGCCCUUUCGCUUUCGGUCGCCUUUGCUGGAUCCGCUUCUGCUGUUGAAGCCUUCCGUAAGCCGACUGUGACAACCACAGGCGGCAAUGGAACUCUUCUUGCCUCCCGUGGCUCUCCAGUCAGUAUCCACGCUGAUGCUGCGGAUUGGCCCGGUGUCCUACGCGCCGCUCACGACCUUGCUAUCGACUUUGGGCGUGUUACCGGUACCAAUGGCACACUCACAGCUUCCGGAACGGCGACAGCCAAUGCUUCGAUGAUUUUCAAUGUCACUGGCAUCAGCCAAGAUUGGAGUGUUAGCGGCAGUGCUGCCUCAAGUUCGACCGGAGGAACUAUUAUCGUGGGAACCAUUGGUAACUCAAGUCUGAUCGAUGACCUGAUUUCAAGCGGACAGCUUGACGUCAGCGAGAUUGAGGGUCAAUGGGAAUCCUACGUUAGCGCUGUGGUACACAAUGUUGGAAACAUGACUGGUGACGCACUUGUCAUUGCUGGCAGCGAUCGCCGUGGUGCCAUCUAUGGUAUCUACGAUGUAUCUGAGCAAAUCGGUGUGUCCCCAUGGCAUUGGUUCGCCGACGUACCCGCGAAGAAACACGAGUCUAUCUAUCUCCUCCAAACUACGAAAGUCCAGAAGACACCAUCCGUGAAGUACCGAGGGUUCUUUAUCAACGACGAAGCGCCAGCUCUGACUGGUUGGGCAAAUGACCGUUAUCCCCUGUCUCCAUAUGGCGCACCCUUUGGAGCACAGUUCUACUCCAAGGUUUUCGAACUGCUGCUCAGGUCCAAGGCCAACUAUCUCUGGCCGGCUAUGUGGAACGGUAUGUUCAACGUAGAUGACGCACGCAACCAGCCGCUUGCCGAUGAGUACGGUAUUGUCAUGGGAACAUCACAUACCGAGCCCAUGGUUCGCGCCACUCAGGAAUGGAGCAAGGUCGCCAAAGGUGCUGAGUCUGGCUGGUCUUGGGCAACCAACAACGCGACUCUCUACGACUACUUCUACGAGGGUGCCGAGCGUGCUGCCCCGUAUGAGAACGUUGUCACAGUCGGCAUGCGUGGAUACCACGACACAGCAAUGUCCGCCGAUGUUCAAACCUCGGUCCUUGAGGCUGUUGUCGAUGCCCAGCAGGAUAUUCUCAACAAAAUCCAUGGAAACGCGUCCGAAGUUCCCCAGAUGUGGUGCUUGUACAAGGAAGUCCAGGACUACUUUGAGGCUGGAAUGCAGGUUCCGGACUGGGUUACUCUUCUCUGGACCGAAGACAACUGGCAAAACAUCCGCCGUCUUCCAGUUGGUGACGAGAAGAAGCGAUCCGGUGGUGCUGGUGUCUACUACCACUUCGAUUACGUUGGUGACUCUCGUAACUACAAGUGGCAGGAUACCAUCCAGCUUCAGAAGACAUAUGAGCAAAUGAAACUGGCCAAAGACCGCGAAGCUGACCGUAUCUGGAUCGUCAAUGUUGGUGAUAUCAAGCCCGCUGAGAUCGCCAUUAGCCACUGGUUCGAUAUCGCUUACGACAUGGACUCUUACGAUGAGUCGUCCGUCCCCGAGUGGCUCACUGGGUUCGCUGCUCGCAACUUUGGCGAAGAACAUGCCGAGACCAUCGCGGAAAUCAUGGAUGAGUACGGCUUCCUCGCCAACAUGCGCAAGUUCGAAUGGGUCGAGCCCUCUUCCUUCAGCGUACUCAACUACGAGGAAGCUGACCACAUCCUUGCUCGCUGGGAGGCACUCGCGGAACGAGCCAACGAAGUCAACGCUGCACUAUCUCCUGAGCAACAACCUGCUUUCUACGAGAUCAUUCUGCACCGCGUGCUUGCUGGAGGUAACCACGUCGAUGUACAGGUUUCGGGCGCGAGGAACAUCAUUUACGCCCAAAUGGGUCGUAACAGCGCGAACAGAUGGAUGCAGCGAGUGAUUGAUGGCAUGAACAAGGACCACAAUCUUACGAAGCUCUACCACACCCAACUCAACGGCAAGUGGGAUCACAUGAUGGAUCAAACCCAUCUAGGUUACCAAGGAUACUGGCAACAACCUAUGCGCCAGUCUACCCCUGAUCUCCGUUGGGUACAGACUCUGGAGCGUUCGCUAGCAGGCGAUAUGGGUGUUUCAGUCGAAGGAUCCAACGCCACCAUUCCUGGUGAUGACAUGUGGCACGGCAACGGCGCAUCCUCAUUGACUCUACCCGCCAUAACUCCCUUCACUCCUAAGCGAUGGGUCGAGAUCUCCCAUCGCGGUGUUGGACCAUUCUCAUGGAACAUUAGCGCCGACCCAUUUGUCACGCUCUCUCAAGUCAAAGGAACUAUGCAACCCAACGAUGAGGAUAUCCGUAUCUACGUUGACGUCGACUGGAGCAAAGUCGAAGACGGCUUCGGUGCUCAAAGCAAGUUGAACUUUUCCAGCUCAACUGACUACGGUACUCAAGGCGGCAACCCCCAAGUCAUGGUCAUGGUCAAUAAGACCUCCAUCCCAGAAGACUUCAACGCCGGCUUCGUAGAAUCAGCGGGCCAGCUCGCGUUCGAAGCAGAACACUACACACGCACCACCCCGGGUUCAUCCGACCAUUCUUACCAAGUCCUGCCAAAGUACGGACGCACUCUAUCUGGUGUCAAGCUCGCCGACAGCCUUGCCGAGGGUCUGGACUCCUCAAGUGCUCCCAGUCUAGAGUACGAUUUCGUUACCUUUACGCCUACGACUUCCGCCAAGGGUCUCAACGUGACCCUCAUCCUCACCCCUACCCAUAACAUCAACCCCAAGGUACCCCUUGCCUACAUCGCACAGGUCGACAACAAGACAGAAGCGCGUCGCCAGUUUGUCAUUGACCAGCCUCAGCCCAACUUCCCUGUUGGCUGGGGUAAGGCUGUUGCGGAUAGCGCGUGGUACAACACCACUAACCAUGGCGAGCUUGCUCCCGGAAAGCACACCUUGAAGCUUUGGCUGGUUGAGGCCAACGUCAUCCUUCAGAAGGUUGUGUUGGAUCUGGGCGGUGUGGUAUACAGCCACAAUGGUCCACCUGAGAGUUACCGCGUCGGUGGUGGAAACACGACCAUGUAUUAG